AUGCAGAGAGCCGGAGGCGGGGGCGCCCCCGGGGGCAGCGGCGGGAGCGGCGGCGGCGGCGGCGGGGGCCCGGGCACUGCCUUCUCCAUCGACUCCCUGAUCGGGCCGCCGCCGCCGCGCUCCGGCCACUUGCUCUACACCGGCUACCCCAUGUUCAUGCCCUACCGGCCCCUCGUGCUGCCGCAGGCGCUGGCCCCCGCGCCGCUGCCCGCCGGCCUCCCGCCCCUCGCCCCGCUAGCCUCCUUUGCCGGCCGCCUGACCAACACCUUCUGCGCGGGGCUGGGCCAGGCCGUGCCCUCGAUGGUGGCGCUGACCACCGCGCUGCCCAGCUUCGCGGAGCCGCCCGACGCCUUCUACGGGCCCCCGGAGCUCGCUGCCGCUGCCGCUGCCGCCGCCGCCGCCGCCACUGCCACCCGAAACAACCCCGAGCCGGGCGGCCGACGCCCGGAGGGCGGGCUGGAAGCCGAAGAGCUGCUGCCCGCCCGGGAGAAAGUGGCAGACCCCGCACCGCCCCCGCCUCUGCACUUCGCAGAGACUUUCCCAAGUCUGCCGGCAGAGGGGAAGGUGUACAGCUCAGAUGAGGAGAAGCGCGAGGCGCCGGCGGGAGACCCAGCAGGCAGCGAGCAGGAGGAAGAGGGCUCGGGCGGUGACAGCGAGGACGACGGCUUCCUGGACAGUUCUGCAGGGGGCCCCGGGGCCCUCCUGGGACCCAAACCGAAGCUAACGGGAAGCCUGGGGACUGGAGCUGAGGAGGGGGCACCGGCGGCGGCGGCGGCAGCGGCGGGAGUCACAGCUCCUGGGGGCAAAAGCCGGCGGCGCCGCACAGCCUUUACCAGCGAGCAGCUUUUGGAGCUGGAGAAGGAGUUUCAUUGCAAGAAAUACCUGAGCUUGACCGAGCGCUCCCAGAUCGCCCACGCCCUCAAGCUCAGUGAGGUGCAGGUCAAGAUCUGGUUUCAGAAUCGGCGGGCCAAGUGGAAGCGCAUCAAAGCUGGCAAUGUGAGCAGCCGUUCUGGGGAGCCUGUAAGAAACCCCAAGAUUGUUGUGCCCAUACCCGUGCACGUCAACAGGUUCGCUGUGCGGAGCCAGCACCAACAGAUAGAGCAGGGCGCCCGGCCCUGAGGGGCUCCCGGGGGCUUCCUGAGCCUGCUCUGAGACUGGGCUAGGCUUCUGCGGACCAGAGGGGCUCCCGCUGUGACUCUGCCCUCGGACGGGGCUCAGUCGGCAACUAACGUAGCUCUAGGGGGGCUCUCCUGGCACUUGGCCCUGAGCCACUCCAGAGACCCCCCCAGGACUGGGGCUUCAGGGCUAAAGGGGCUUAGGUUCUUCCCGUCGAGGAGCUGCUGGGACUGAGGUGGACCCCUAGGGCUUGGAAGGUUCCUGACUAAUGCCCUGGAAUCGCUUCUGAUGGGGAUGGAAGGAAGCCAGGGUGAGACCUAGCCAAGCUGAUGACAGCUCCUUAUUUAUUUUGUGUGAAGUUUGUAUAUAUGGAGCUCUCUGCCUCUGUCUGUCUGCACCCCUGAGAGGGAUUGGGGAGCUUGUGUGUGUCCUCCAUCCUCAGCCAGUCUGGUUCCAUCUCACUGCCCCAGGGUGGGUACCGCCUCGCCUGUCUAUAGUACAGAACGCGCAAAGAAGCGAAGUGGAUCUGUCACUAGCCCCUUAGAAACCCUUCAGCACUCACUGUCUCUUUCAUGUAAUCUACCUCCACUAACGUCCUUUCCCGCCGCAGGUGCUGCCCACCGUUCACGCCUCCAGCUCUCAUGCUUCUAACGCGGCACCUCUUUUCUCUUUACCAUU